UCAAUAAAUAAAAAUUAGGUCAGAUGUCAGCAUCCAGAUUCCUCCGACUCUUCGUCACUAGACUCGCUCCCGUUGCGAUGUCGUCGUCAUCGUCAUCCUCUUGGUCAUGCACCAAAUGUACAUUCCUCAAUUCUCCUUCUCAGAAGCUCAACUGCAUGAUCUGCUUGACUCCUCUCCCCACCCCUUCGUCCCUCUCGGUUUCCUCCAACGACGAAUCUCAAUGGGCGUGCAAAGCUUGCACCUUUCUGAACACCUACAAGAACUCAGCCUGCGGAAUCUGCGGGACGCGAUCGCCGUCGUCUUCUUCUCUCCUUGCCUUCGACGACUUGACCGAUUCGGGGAGUCUCGAAAGUAACACCAACAACAACAACAACUCAAUCGGGUCUGUUUUCUUCCCUCUGCGGCGGUGUAGCAAACGCAAGGCCAUGGAUGAUGAUGACGUCAUCGAGGUUGAUGGUGGUUCUGUGAAGAAAAGAAACGAAAUUGAAUCGAAAGGGGAAGCUUCUGGUUCAGGAACAGCUUUGUCUUGUGUGAAGAUUUUGACUUACAAUGUUUGGUUCCGUGAAGAUCUUGAGUUGAGUAAUAGGAUGAGAGCGAUUGGCCAUCUUAUCCAGCUUCAUUCUCCUCAUCUCAUAUGCUUUCAGGAAGUUAUCCCUGAGAUAUAUGAGAUUUUCCGCAAAUCCAACUGGUGGAAAGAGUAUACUUGUUCUGUCUCAGUCGAUGCGGCGCAAUCAAGAGGCUACUAUUGCAUGCUGUUGAGCAAGGUGGGGAUGAAGUCUUCAAGCUGUAAAAGCUUUAGGAACUCGAUAAUGGGAAGAGACUUAUCCGUUGCAGAGGUUGAAGUUCCGGGGAGAAAGCCGCUUGUUCUGGCAACAAGCCAUCUCGAGAGUCCCUGUCCAGGUCCUCCUAAAUGGGACCAGAUGUAUAGCAGAGAACGCGUUGAACAAGCCAAUGAAGCCAUCGAGCAUCUCAGAGCUAACCCCAACGUGGUAUUUGCGGGAGACAUGAACUGGGACGACAAGCUAGACGGGAAGUUUCCUUUGCCAGACAAAUGGGUCGAUGUUUGGGAGGUUUUGAAACCAGGCGAUCUUGGUUUUACGUACGACACGAAAGCAAACCCGAUGUUGUCUGGUAACCGAGCGUUGCAGAAGCGGUUAGACCGGUUUUUCUGCCGUCUGGAUGAUUACGAGCUUGGUGGGAUCGAGAUGGUUGGGAAAGAGGCGAUACCUGGUUUGUCAUAUGUGAAAGAGAAGAGAGUGAGGGGUGACGUCAAGAAGCUGGAGCUUCCAGUGUUGCCUAGCGAUCAUUUUGGUCUGCUUUUAACUCUUUUGCCAAAAUGAGUUCAAACUAUAUCGGAGCUCGAAGUUCCUUUUUUCCCUCGUGGAACUUCUGUGAUACUGAUAAGCGGUUUUAGCUUCUUCUUUGUGUUUUGUUUUGGAAAGUCUUCAUUUCCUGAUUUGAACUGAAAGAUCAGUCUUGAGUCCAGCUUUAGCUUUUGUAAUGAAAAGUAUGAAACUAAUCAGUGUUAAAACACUUUGAUAAAAAAAAAAUCAGUGUUAAACA